AAAGCGGUGUCGGGUUUUUUUUUUUCUAAGCAAACCGCGAAAAAUACUUUUUAARAGUCAAUCCAGCAAACAAUGAAGGCGUAAGAACACGACGUCGCGUAGAGAAGCUUUGUUAUAUUUAAAUUGUCAACAACACAUGAAAAACACCUCAGUUGAUCAUCAACAUCAAAGCGAACGAGUGAAAUCAGUCCGGAUUCUUUACUUCGCGUUCUUGAUGCCAUUGUCAUUGGAGUGGACAACUUAGCAACAAACAGGGGUUUGAAGGGACGGUAAUUGUAACUGAAAACAGUGGACUUGCAGUCUUUAAAGAGUAGUUGUUGUUACUCUGUCAUGAAUAAUACAACACAGUCCAAUCAAGAAAACAUAUCAACAGGGGUCUUAGUAUACUCGGUGAUUUUAUUUGUAAUUGUUGUCCUUGCGUUGGCGGGAAAUGCAAUAGUGUGCUUGGCGUUCUACCGUUCCUCGACGUUUCGUUCUGCUACAGUGCUGUUCAUCUUGUCCUUGGCUGUAACUGAUAUUCUUGUAGCUACCAUCUCUAUUCCAUUAUGGCUCUCGUUGCAGCUUAAAUUCUGUGAAGACCAACAUUGUUUAACUCCAUGGAAAAUCACYGAUGUUCUUUUCUCGACUGCAUCCAUCAUGAAUCUUUGUGCUAUCAGUGUGGAUAGACUAGUCAUUAUAUCACGACCACUCCACUAUCCAAAUAUCAUGACURCAAGUCGUGCUAACAUCGCAUUGGUCGCUAUCUGGGGUUUUGCUGUGACCCUCUCAGCCUUGAUAUCCACUAGUUGGUCGUUUUACCCAACCUUCGUGUUUAUCGUAGCUUUUGUCCUACCUCUUUUGAUCAUGAUUUCAUCGUAUUCCUUCAUUCUCAAGGCAGCUUUAUCCCAAGUUCGCCGUGUUUUCCCAAUUCGCCAAGCAUAUUACUUCAAACGAGAACUGAAAGCAGCUAAGACACUAGGUAUUGUCAUGGGUGCAUUUAUUACUUGUUGGGCUCCAUUCUUCCUGGUUAAUCUGAUAGUGAGCUAUCGUAAAGACAUCGUCGUUAGUACUACAUCCAUUGCAGGCAUUAAGACACUUCAUUAUAUCAACUCUGCCUUAAACCCUGUUAUAUACUCGUGUUCAAAUAAAGAGUUUCGCUUUAAGAUCUUGAGGGUUUUGCCAUGUGGUUCUGCUAGACACUCAAAUAUGAUCGAUCGAGUGGUGUUUUGGUCCACUACUCUUGGUGCAAGCACAGAUUUAAGUUCCACUUAUAGAGACAGUUUCAGAGCACAUAAGAACUGAGAACUGAAUGAAACUGAAUGAAAGAAAAACAACAACAAAAGAAUAAACUUAGCACCAAGAACAAUUAAUCGUCGAGUCAGAAUGGCUAAAAAGGGUAGAAAGAAAUUAAAUGAAGUCGCUAAAAGAUCAAAGUGGAAGUUUAUAGAUACUUGAUUUAAAACAUUGAUAGGUGCAUGGGACAAAGUUAAUUAUACAUUAUGUUUUUCUUUCUUUUUCCAUUUUUUUCAAGUAUUUCAUGCAAUGUCGGUAAUGAGAUAUCUUAUAAAAGUUAAAUGUUACGAACAAACUAACAGAUGAAAAUCAAAACAAAGUGACCUAGUGUCUUAUGUCAACAAAAACUUCCCGUUUCUAAUUAUUCUGUGCACUGCUUGUCCGAUAUAAAUACAUACUAUAUUAUAAAAGGUUUUCACAUUUUGGACUUUUGCUAAUCUGGUCAUUUUUUUCUUUUUGAUGAUUAAAAGUGCACUCACCUUUCAAUGAUAGAAGUUGUUCAUUAGGUUUUUGUUGAUUCAGUUGUUUUGUGAUAAUAAAAGGGUUUGACUGUUUUGAUUUAUCAGUUUUUGAGUUUCAUUUCUCACAAUUUUUCCUUUAUUUAUUUCAUUCCAUUCAUGUCACCAUCCUAUCAACUGUACUAUCAAUAAAAGCCAAUAUUAUGAAAAC